UUCGCCAGUGAGUUAUGUGGGAACGUGUGGACGUGUUGCUCUGUGUCAGUGUGUGUGUGUGUGUGUGUAAUGUUGUGAUAGUACUACACUCAAGUCCAGCUCUGUAUCUUAAAUAGUUUUUUUCUCCCUCGAUCCGCGGGCCGCAUUUAAAACAAAAUCAUUUGCAUUCUUGUGUUUUCCUGAAGUUGUUUGUGGAUAAUUUGAAGUUGGCUUUGGAUUACAAUGAAUGAAGCAGUCUAUAUCAUGAAAGGUUCGCGGCGUGAUUCCAGGCCAAGAUCACUCUGUGCCAGAUGUGGUAAUAUCAGAGAGUUACGUCCCGAGUCCCCUGGACGCAGUGCCUGGAGGGAUGCUGGGCGCAGCCUAAGCCUUGAAGUACAUGGUAGAGAGGGUCGCAGGAGAAACUCCUCCAGUGAGUCCAGUAACGGCCGCCAGCGAGGUUCUCCUCUACAUUGCUACAUCGUCCCGAUCAACAGUCAGAACUCUUCUGCGGCCAGGUCAACCACAACAUACAGAGAAUCUUUUCAAAAGCCGCCUAAUCAACCGACGCCAUCAAGAUAUUCCAGGUCCGUACCAUCAUCUCCCGUGCCUGCCUCUCCACUCUGGUCACCCUUGUCUGCUUCUCCCAGAGGGACACCCACAUACAACAGACAAGAAAGCACACAGGCUCUACUGUCUAAAGUCCCAUCCAGACUACAGUCGUCACAGUCAAUGCAGCCGGCUGGGAAAGUGACCACAUACAGAGAUCACUUCAACUGGUUCUCAUGAUCUCGUCUGCUCCGCUUACAAAAAUGGCAUUUUCAUUUUUAAACUUAAAUACAAAUUUUGAGGAAAGCAAAUUAUUAGGGUCCUCUUAUUUUGUAUUAUUUGCUAAUUAUGUAUAUAGCUCAAUAAAUAAAUACAAAAUAGGCCUAAUAAUAAUAAUAAAAUCACUAAUAAUAUAAUGAUUCAUAACUAUAGAAAACCAAAAUAAACAUUCACACCAGACACACUCAUAAUUUACAUGUGAAAUGUUUAUAUCAGAUAGUUUAAUUUUAUUUAAUGAUCUGAUUGCCAGGGGGUAUAAAAAAGUUUUUGCGUCUGUUUGUCUUGGCUAUCUAUGUCUUAUAUGUUUUGUGUAAUGGUAGAAUCACAAAAUCCUGACCCAAAGGGUAACUUUUUAUUUCUAAAAUCUUCUUAGCUUUCUCGUGAAUGUUUUUUCUCAAACAGCUGCCCAAAUAUAGUAAAAAAAAAAAAACAACAAACAGUUCAAAUCAAUUUCAACACAAUGAAUGCUGUGAAUGGCCUGGACUAAAACAAAAUGUGAAACAUAUACACUAAGUUUUUGUUUCAUUAGAAACCAACAGACUAACAAUUAAGAAUGAUUAGAAGUCAGUCAUUUAUCCUUCCCUAGCUUGAGAAAGAAAGGGAGACCACUUGUACACUGUUUUUAAAAUAGUCAGUGUUCUUUUUUGUAAGCCUAUGCAUUUAGUUUUAGUUGUUUUUUUUUCCUACUUUAAAAAAAAAUUAUUAUUCUCUUAUUAUUAUAUUAUUUAAGUGGCAUAUGUGGUGAAAGGAGUAAACAGUUUAACAUAGUGAAAUCAAAGGAAUAAAAGAAAUGUAUUGGCCUAAUAAUGAAACAAUAGAGUAUAUCUCUUGCAUCUUGUAUAUGCCCAAAACUAAAGCAUAUCAAAAAGUUUGUGUUACAGGUAAAAUAAAAUUAAUUUAUUACAGUUAAACUGAAAUAAAAAUUGAGUGCUACAAUGUUGAAAAUAUCUUUAGACAUCACAUAGUGAUCUAUGUCAUAAAUAUGACAUAGUGAUCUGUGUUGUCUUAAUACAUCACAUAGUGAUCUGUGUUAACAUCAUGUAGUGAAGUAUGUUAUCAUAAAACAUCACAUAGUGAUCUAUGCCAUCAUAAUACAUCAUGUAGUGGUAUGUGUCAUACAAGGAUAGUUUGUAUUUGAAACUAAAAUAUACAUGAAGAAAUAUUUGUAUUUAUGAUACCUUUAUGUAACACAAUUAUUUCUUCAACAACACACUAUGGUAUCCAUUUAUUUACUGGGCCAAAAGUGUGUGGAUCUUAAAAGGUUUAUGUCACUUUUUUUUUUAAAUGUCGCAUAUAAAUUACCAGAUGUCAUUCGAAAAGUUAAUGUUUCAUUUCAUUUGUUUGAUCAUGUUCUAAGAAGACAUAAUAUGUAAUUAGUUGGUUUCUUACAGAUUUUAGUUGUAUUUUCUUAACAAUGUUGAAUAAUUUAGCAAUUAUGCAGCUUCAAUGAUCAUUCAUUUGAAACAUUUAAAAAAUAGUUUUGUCAUUUCUAAAGCUGUCUGGAGCUUAGAAUGUCUUAACAUUGUAAUCAUACUAACUGUGACUUCUUCUUUGCGUUUUUUUUUUAAAAAUAGAUCUCUCUUAAUAAUUAUCCUUAUUAUCUUUCAUAUUUACUACUGCGUGGAGAGGAGGGAACUGAUGUGUGGGCGACAUCGUUCCGACCACAGCUAAUGCCCAGGCAUUCAUCUCAUUUCCAUGAGAUUAUCCAUAGUCGCUUCGCGAAUGAAGGAGGCCAUAGAAUUAAUGGUGUCAAUAUCUAGUAUUUAUACUAUUUUAUACAUCAUUGAAGCUUACUUACAAUUUACUAACUAAAUGUGUACAUUUAUAUUUUUAUUAUAUUAUUUUUGAAAAAAGAGACAUGGCUGUAGGUAAGAUCUGUCCAACAUAAAAUGAAUUUUAUAUUACAUCACCGACAUAUAAAAAUUUCCUUAUUUCUUUGACUUUUCCUGCUUCUAAUUGGUCAUGAUACCGGUAUAGUCCAACCUCCAGACCAAGUGCAAACUACAAGUAUUUUUUUUACUGAAGUACUGGCUAAAAAAAUUUUUAAGACUAGUUUUUAAGAAAACUUAUUAUAUUGAUGACAAAUUAUUGUGACAAGGCUGGGUUUCAGUAUAUUUAUACACAAAUAUAGAUUUUAUGGUAUGCUUUUAUUUAUAUUUGAAGACUUGGUACUUUAUAUAUAUAUAUAUAUAUUAAUUCAUACUGUUGAAGUGUAUUUUUGCUGCAUUUUAAAAUACUUAAUUCAAUUGAUUUUGUAACCAUUCCAAGAACCAUCACUACUGUCUGUCAUUUAGUAGAGCACCAAAUAUAUGGAAUGCAAUUUAUUGCUACGUCUCAUUAUUCACUUAUCAAAUUCUUGCAUUACUUUUCAUUUGCUUAUUGCGUUUUUAAUAACAACAAACACAAGAACAAAGCUGUGGUUUUGUAGUAUUAAUCAAUGCAAUAAUAUCUAUAAAGCUCUAGUCAGUUAAAUUUUGUAUAUUCUAAGGGAAAAUAAGGGGCUUAUGGAUUACUGGUAUUGGCAAUAACAAUGUUAAGUAGAAAACAAAAAUGGGUACAAUCUCUAUGAUGUAACACAUGUGCUUCUUUGGUUGCAGACGACAGGGAAGCCAUUUAUGUAGAUCACUAAGUACACUGCUAUUAAAAAUAUAAAAAGAUGUAAAGUUCUGAAGGGGAGAGAAGUAGUGUAUUGAUAUUGAAAGUUGACCAUAGCAUUAAAAAGUGUUACGGUGCAAUGGGAAAUAACUCUGUAAUUUCUCCUCCCAUUGCACUUGACCUUGGAAUAUAAAUAGUGUGAUUAAGAAAACAUUACUGAUGAAGCAAGAUGAAGUCAUGAUUAUGAAUGUGGUACCUGUGGAUUACUAACCAAGAUGUGAACCUUAAUUUUAUACCUCAGUGUUUUGGCAUUGGUAGGGUACAAGCUUGUGAUUAAAAUAUAUAUUAUUUUUAUUCAACUCUUUUGAGUGAUGAUGUAAUUGUUAUAUCUAAACAUUCACAAAUAUCUAAAUGUAUUACCAAGGAACCUAUUUCAAUCAAUAGCUGUCUAUAACUUUAGGGUGCUGGUUUAUCUUUCCAGCAUUCUGUAAAACUUAUUCUAAUAAAAGGUUGACAGGUAACCUUGAAAGCUAGUCUGGUGGAUUUUUGUGUGUGUGUUAUUUAAUUACUGUGUUCAAUGGUACUUUGUCUGAACAAAACUAUGAAUGUAUUUAUUUUACAAUUAAUAAUUUAUAGUUAACUACGUAGAGAAUGGCCAAUAAUGCUAUCAAUAUUUUCUUAACUGAUAUUUAUUUACUCAAUAAAUAUUUCUAGGCAGUUAAUACUGUCUGCUUAAUAGCCAUUGUAAAUAUUUAAUAAUAUAAUUUCUAUUUUUAUGUCAAUAAAGAAGCUAUACAAAGCUUUAA